AUGUCUGCUGAAAGAUUGGAAUUCAAUUUACCAGCUGUGUUUACCAUUGGCCCAAAGGAUGAACCUGUGGCAUUAUAUUAUUAUGCUAAAUUGUUAUUUGCUGAUAAUAAAAACUCUGAAUACGUAAAGGAUUUGGUUAGAGGUAUUAUUGAAGGUGAAACACGUGUUAUAGCAGCUGGUAUGACCAUGGAAGAAAUGUUUAGGGAAAGAAGACGUUUUAAAGAAAAGGUUAUUAAAAAUGUACAAGCUGAAUUGGAUCAAUUUGGAUUAUAUUUACGGUAUAUUUAUGUGUUGUACCCAUAUCGAAUGAAAACACACGAAGGAGCUGUUCAACAAGCAACAGUUGACGUAUCAGAAGCAAAAUAUCGUGGAGAUGUUGGUGUUAAAGAGCGAGAGGGCUUGACUCGACAACUAACUUCAAAAAUUGAAGCAGAAACAGUUCUUGUAGAAAAUGAAUCUAAUGCAAUAAUUGCUGAAGCUAAUGCUACUCUUUCCACAAAGAAAUCUGAAUACGAUAAAAAUACAAAAAUAGCAGCAAUUGAAGCCACACAAGCUGCUAAAAUCUGGGAAUACGAACUUCAAAAAGGGGUUGAAGAACUUAGAUUAUUAUCAGAAACUGAAAGGCUCCGUGUGCUAUAUGCGUCAAAAGCUACCGCUGAAUAUGAAGCUUCAAAAUCUAUAGCCGAAUCAAAAUUUUACACAGCACAACAAGAAGCUGAAGCUCAAUUGUACAGGAAGAAAAAGGAAGCUGAAGGCGUCCUGCCAUUAUUUAAUGCUCAAGCUGAAGGUAUAAAGAAUUUGACGAAAGCAUUUGGCGAUACCGGUGAUCUAACAAUGGAAUAUUUAAUGAUUAAACAUGGUGCAUAUAAAGAUUUAGCUAGAGAAAAUGCUCAAGCAAUCAAAGGACUUGAUCCAAAAAUUACUGUUUGGAAUAAUAAUACUGGUGAAAAGUCUUGUGACUCGUCGUCAAAUCCUAUUACAAAUAUUUUUCAAUAG